AGAGAGCAAGUGAGAGUUAGCGAGAGCUAUUAGUCUCAGCCCUUUUGGCUUUGGUGGAGUGUUGAGUUGGUGAGUCAGUGUUCUGUGGUGGAGUGUUCAUCAGUGUGCCAGUCCUUCUCUGGCUGUGCACUUGCCAUUUCCUUUUGUCAUUUAGCAGACGCUCUCCCCCCGAGCGACUUACAGGAGCAAUUAGGGUUAUUUGCUUUACUUAAGGGCACAUUGACAGAUAUCUCAGCUUGUGAGCUUGGGGGUUUGAACCGUCAGCCUUUCGGGGUCUGUCACUGGUAGACUCCCUGCCGUUUCGGUUGUACUGGACUGCUGAGUAGGGACAGGGGAGACGUGGAAGGGGCAGUGUGUCGACCGGACAGCCUGACGAAGGGUCUGUCCGGCGCGACCGCCUCAUCGGAUGCCACCACCUUUUGCAGCCAUGCUGAAAGACACGGGUGCAACCGACAUUGAUUCUAGAAUGAAUGAUCCGUCAGAAUCUAGGAAAAGUGCGAUGGAGAGUCAGAGUGGGGAUGGAAACACAGGUGUGCAAACAAAUGGAUUGGAUUUUCAGAGGCAGACGGUUCAAGCCACGAACGCAAUCACCAAUGCACAAGCACAGGCACUUCUCCAACAGUUGACCCUGACUCCGGCCCAGCAGCAGUUGUUGUUGCAACAGGCCCAGGCGCAGCUCCUGGCAGCAGCCAUGCAGCAGCAGUCGGCCAGCCAGCAGAGCAACGCCGCCGGGGCCAGCAUCUCUGCCUCCGCAGCCACGCCCAUCACACAGCUGCCCCUGUCCCAGCCCAUCCAGAUCACCUCUAUUCCCUCUGGCUCAACGCAUCUCCCCGGCCAGCUAAGUCAGCUGGGAUACCCGUACGAGAUGGCGACCUUCAACAGUUACCUACCUCAGUUACAACAGCUGCAGCAGCAGAACCUGACGAUGCCCCAGUUCGUCCUGGUCCAGCCCGGACACCACAUCGCCACCCAGCUACAGCCUGGCCAGUUCAUCAUCUCCCAGACACCGCAGGGCCAACAGAGUCUCCUGCAAGCCCAGAAUCUUCUAACUCAGCUACCUCAAAGCCAAGCCAACCUCCUGCACACUCAGCCAAGCAUCACACUUGCAACACAGCCAGCGACCCCAACCCGCACGAUAGCAGCCACACCCAUUCAGUCCCUGUCACACAGCCAGACCCCGCCCAAACGCCUGGACACGCCCAGUCUGGAGGAGCCCAGUGACCUGGAAGAACUAGAACAGUUCGCCAAGACCUUCAAACAGAGACGAAUCAAACUGGGCUUUACACAGGGGGACGUCGGCCUGGCCAUGGGCAAGCUGUACGGUAACGACUUCAGCCAGACCACCAUCUCCCGCUUUGAGGCCUUGAACCUCAGCUUCAAGAACAUGUGCAAGUUGAAGCCGCUGCUGGAGAAAUGGCUCAAUGACGCAGUUUGUGCAGAGAACCUGUCGUCCGACCAGAUCCCGGCCAGCCCCAGCGCCUUGGGCUCCCACGGUCUGGGCAUGGAGGGGCUAAACCGCAGGCGCAAGAAGAGGACCAGCAUUGAGACCAACAUCCGCGUGGCCUUAGAAAAGAGCUUUAUAGAGCAGAACCAAAAACCUACCUCUGAGGAGAUCACCAUGAUCGCCGACCAGCUCAACAUGGAGAAGGAGGUGAUUCGGGUGUGGUUCUGUAACCGCCGGCAGAAGGAGAAGAGGAUCAACCCCCCCAGUAGUGGCCACAGCAACGUGGGGAUGGGAAGCACCCCGAUUAAAUCCAUCUUCAGCCCCACCAGUCCCCUGGUGGCCAGUACGGCAAGCCUUCUGACCAGCACCACGCCAACCACGCUGACCGUCAACCCAGGGAUGCCCAUGAACAGCACCAGUGUCUCGGGCCAGACCUUCACAGGCACGACCGCCAGCGGGGCGACCACGAACACAGCCUCUGUCAUCUCCACGACGCCGAUGGUCACCACGGUGACCAGCUCCCCGUCGCUGAGCCCCUCCCCCACGGCGCUCCGGUCCACGGCGGUGGAGACGGGCGGAACCCAGGAGCAAGCGGCGGUCACGCAGGCGCCGUCCUCCCUGGCGACCACCCUGGGCACCGGUCAGGUGAUGGUUGCCGGACCGGGACUCUCGGCGGCUCUGCAAGGCGCCGCCCAGAUGCCCACCAGCGCCAGUUUCGCGGCCAUGGCCGGGCUUAACCCGGGGCUGAUGGCGUCCUCGCAGUUCAACCCUGGGGGGGCCUUGCUGAGCCUGGCCCCGGGGGGUCUGGGCGGGGCUCUGAACCCGGCCAUGUUGAGCAACAGCACUCUGGCCACCAUUCAAGGUCUGUGGAGCGCUCUGGCGUCAGGUGGCACUCUCCCCAUAACCUCACUGGACGGGAGUGGCAACCUGCUCUUCGCCAACACCUCGGCCGGCAGCACGCCCAACCUGGUGACCGCGCCGCUCUUCCUGAACCCCCAGAACCUGUCCCUGCUCACCAGCAACCCUGUCAGCCUGGUGUCAGCCGGGACCGCAGGGGGCGGGAGCCUGCAGGUCACAGCCGACCACCAGGUCACCACGACGACAGUCCCAGUCCCCGCCUCCACCGUCACCAUGGCAUCCAAGGCCCAGUGAAACUCAAAUGACACCCUGUGCCCGGUUUGGUGCCCCACUUGUGUUGAAAUGUAGCGUAUGAUAUGGUUGGCUGUUGCCAUAGUAGGUCACUGUGGGGAAUAGGGCUGUUGUUUGGGAUUUCACCUUUGGCUGUUGACUCUGCCCAUCUCUGGGCGCCCCCUCCCCCGAUCCUUACCCCCACCAUCAUUAUUUAAUCCUUUUGCUGCCACCAAAAAGAAAUCCUCUGCGAAGGGGGUUGGAAUUUAUUUUAUACGUUUUUAUUUCUUUUUUCAUUUGAUCUCUUCCCUUGUACUGCAAAAAGCGACUCCCCGGCUGUUUUUGUUGCCGGAUGCGGUGGGUCACACUGGAGGACUGAGGCAGCCAUUUUCUUAUACAGGAUGGCCUUGAACUCUACGGUCCAUGCUACUUGUGAACCCUGACCCACGUCUGGGCAUAUGAAACUACAGAGGGACCAGCCUCCUUUCCUUCUCUUUUUUAAAAGUAUAUCUCUUCUUUUUCUUUAUUCAGAACUUUUUCUUGAAAACCUCUAACCAAAAAUGUGUGAUUUUACUUUUUAUACAGUUUUUUUUUUCUAACAAAAUGAUUUACUACUAAGUUCACAAUUUACAUCAUCACUAAUAGAGGGGUUUGUGCAUCUCCCCUGUCUAUGGUAUAUGACUAUUUAGUGUCAGAGGCUUUGUUUGACAGGCCCUAGCACAAAUCAUAUCAAAGUUAUAUUUUAUAGUUCUCAUUUUAGUUUGUUUUCCCUUGUUUUUAUGUGAGUGACUGGUCAUGUUCAGAACUUUGUAUGUCUAACAUCAAGUUGGGCUUCAUAUAUAUGACAUACAUAUUACAUACAUUUUUAAUCGUGGUUAUAAGGCUUUAAAAACAAGUAAUAAUAAGAGGCUGACAUAACGGUUAUCGUUGCUUUAAGGAAAGGGGUUGACCUUGCGUCUCUCUCUGCUUCUGUGUCAGCAGUGCCCCCGAGUGGCUGCUGAGCUUUUGUAAAUCAUAGUCUAGGAACAGGCCAGCAAGCCGACAUGAAAUGACGCCGCCUAGAGCUUUAAACUGGUUACGUACACCAACAAUCCCUUGCGUGUGGGGUGUUGUCAGAGGG